AAAGUCUUUGCAGUUUGCAUCUUAAUAACCACAUUUUUAAGCCUCUAAUUUUCUCUUUCUUAAUUAAACACCUUUUGUUCUCUGCAACUGCAAAUCUCCAUAACUCCAUUGAAGUAUGGCGGAUGCAUUUCUUAAAGUCGUGCUUGAUAAUCUGGGCUCGCUUAUCAAGGAGGAGAUUGGACUGAUCUUGGGCAUUGAUGAGGAGAUGCAUAAACUUUCAAGCACCCUCACCACCCUUCAAGUUGUACUGGAAGAUGCUGAAGACAAGCAAAUCGAAAGCAGACCUAUCCGAGAUUGGCUGCAGAAGCUCAUCGUCCUUGCUUAUGAGAUAGACGACAUCUUGGAUGAGUGCAAUACUCAUGUCUCCAAACUCAAACACACUCGCAGCAAACUCAGUCGCUUAAACCUCAAGAAGAUUUUGUAUCGUCACGAGAUCGGGAGGAGGAUGAAACGAGUCACCGAGAAACUGGAGGGUGUUGCUGCAGAGCGCGCUAAAUUUCAUUUGCGCAAGAUGCCUGUUGAUAGGCCUAGAGAAGUGGCUGCCUCUCGUGAGACGGGGUCCUUGUUGAACCAUACUGAUCAAAUUUAUGGUAGAAAAAAAGAUAAAGAAAAGAUUGUGAGGAUAUUGUUGAAUGAUGUAAAGGAGAAUAAGGAAAUGUCUGUGUUGCCAAUCAUUGGCGUUGGUGGUCUUGGCAAGACUACUCUUGCUCAGUUAGUCUUUAACGAUUCGCGGGUGGUAGACCACUUUGAUAUAAGAAUUUGGGUUUGUGUCUCUGACAAUUUUGAGUUGAAGACUUUGGUGAAGGCAAUGAUAGAAGCUGCCACAGGGAGCGCGAAAGCUGCGGAUCUGCAGCAAUUGGAUGUUGUAGAACGUCAGCUUUGGGAGUUGUUGAGCCACAAAAGAUAUUUGAUUGUACUUGAUGAUGUCUGGAACGACCACCAAGAGAAAUGGUUUGAGUUGAAAGAUACUCUAUCAUGUGGCUCAACCGGUGCAUCCAUCAUUGUCACCACACGCCAAAAGAAGGUUGCAGAUAUAAUGGGAACUCUUCCAGCUCACUGUCUAAACGGGCUGUCAGAUGAGAAUUGUUGGAUGUUGCUCAGGUCACGUGCCUUCGGACCUAAAGAAGAGGUGUCUCCGCAGUUGGAAAUGAUUGGGAAUGAGAUUGUGAAGAAAUGCGUUGGCGUGCCCCUCGCUGCUAAGGCGCUAGGAGGAAUUCUGCGGUUUAAAGGGAAACGAGAAGAAGAAUGGAUAUAUGUGAGAGAUAGUGAAUUGUGGAAGCUCUCGCCUGAAGAGAGUUUGAUAAUGCCAACUUUGAGAUUGAGUUAUCAUCAUCUUCCGUUGGAGCUCAGACAAUGCUUUGCUUAUUUUGCAGCCUUUCCUAAAGAUCAUGUAAUUGAUAAAGAAGAACUGAUCCGUCUAUGGAUAGCUCAUGGGCAUAUUUCCACCAAGGGGAAUAUAGAAGUAGAAGAUGUUGGACAUCAAAUAUGUAAUGAGUUACUACUCAGAUCUCUUCUACAACCAAGGUUUAUGGAUAAAAAGAUCGUUAUGCAUGAUCUUGUUCAUGAUCUAGCACAAUCUAUAAUGGAGAACAAAAUUCCCGAAGUAAGAAGUGAGAGAAAUAUUCCAAGUGCAUCUACUAUCCGCGAGGUAAAUUUGGUUGACAGAACUAUUUUGUUUCCUAAAACCUUUCAGCAAGAUAUGGACAUUUCUUCCAUCCUGGAGCUCACAAGUUUGAGAGUAUUACAUGCAAACAUUAAUGGAAUAACAGGUUUGCCUCAUUCCAUUUGCAAUCUUAAACAUCUGCGAUACUUGAAUAUGUCAACCUCUUACAUUUACUUUUUGCCGAAAUCAAUAUGUACUCUCUGGAAUUUGCAAAUUCUGAACUUGGAUCGUUGCUCUAGGCUUUUAGCUUUGCCUAAGAAACUGACGUCCAUACAUAAUCUCCAACAUCUAUGUUUGUCAAACUGUUGGUCUUUGGCUGAGAUGCCCUCUAAAAUGAGGAAGUUAACUGCCCUCAAAACACUGAGCAUGUUUGUAGUGGGUUCCAAGAAAGGUAAUCAACUUGAGGAGCUGCAUUGCUUGAACCUUGGCGGGGAGCUUAAUAUUCGACGUCUAGAGAGAGUAACGGACCACUUGGAUGCAAAGAGAGCAAAUAUUGCUGGCAAAAAGAAUGUCAGGAUGUUGACAUUGUCAUGGAAAAGAAAUGUUUUGUCCAAGUUAGAGGAAGAUGAUGAAAAGGUGUUGGAAGCACUCGGACCUCACUCUAAUCUUGAGUAUCUUUGUAUAGAAGGCUUCAGUGGUAGACAUCUUCCACGUUGGAUGACAAAUUCAACUUUGAAAAACAUAGUUGAGAUUGAAAUCAGAAAUUGCGUAUAUUGCAUGCGUCUUCCAAAACUGGGAGAGCUAACUCAUCUAAAAAAACUGGAUUUAUGGAAUAUAGGGGUGGAGUACAUUAUUGAAGAAGAAGUCGGAAGUGGAAAUAGAGUAAAGAUACAAUUCCCUGGUGUUGAAGAGUUGUAUUUAUCAGAGCUCCAAAGUCUGAAGAGUCUUUCAAAGAAGCAAGAGAGUAGAGAGGCAUUCCCAAAUCUUAAAAGGCUAUCGAUUUCACGCUGCUCUUCAUUUAUACUGCAACCACUCCCAUCCCUCCAGAAGUUGGAUUAUCUAAAAUGCAGUAGCUCAACUUUGGCUUUAUUAUCUGAGCAUGACAUUCCUAGGAAACUGCGUGUGGAAAUUGAGGAGAGCCUUGCAUGUUUUCCGAUAGAAACAUUGGCGAAGUACAGUAAGCUCCGAUCAUUGGAAAUUGAUGGUGCAAAAGAGAUCUCGGCAACUAGAGAAGGUCUGGAAGCAUUAAAAGGGCUUACACGUUUAAGUCUAUCAAAUUGUGAUAGAAUGACGUGUAUUCCACAAGGGAUGUUGCAACACCUUACUGCUCUGUUCAACCUUGAUAUAAUUACCUGCGAAGAAUUAGUAGAGCUGCCGGAAGAGAUUAAAUAUCUUCAUAAUCUUGAGUGCAUAGUGUUAUUCGAUCUUCCGAAGAUGGCAUGCUUACCACAAGCCAUACAACACAUCUCCUCUCUCAAAUCUCUAUUCCUCAGCAUUCUUCCUGAGCUGAAAUCACUCCCAGACCAGCUACCUUCUCUUCACACACUCGAAAUUUCAAAUUGCCCAAAGAUUGUAUCAAUUCCAGCUCUACCAAAUGCCAACAAACUAAGUAUCAGCCAAUGCCCGCAACUGGAAAGACGAUGCCAGAGACGAACAGGAGAAGAUUGGCACAAGAUUGCCCACAUUCGACGCCUCGAAAUUCCUUAUAACUUCUAACUUCGGUAUGCAUUAUUAAUGCUUCUCUUCAACAUCGAUAUUAAUUGUUUUAUGAUUCUUCACUACUUCCACUAUGUUUUAUUGAAUAGCCAUAUGUGUUUGCCGCUGCUUGCUGGGAUCGUGAUACGAGCUCCUAUCCACACAGCCUACACACGACACGAGCCAUCACCAGCCACACCGGCACCCAUGUUUAAUCAAUGACUAUGUUUAGUUAUUUCCUUAUAGAGUCAAGUUUAUCUAAACUCCUGUUAUCGAAGCUUCUGGGUUUUCUUUAUGGUUCUUUCCCGGAUCAAAGAAGGAGAGACGAACCAUAUAGGUUUAGGGUUGUCUUGCUUCUUGCUCAUAUAUUAAUCAUGUUUGCUACCAUCAUUUGUGCUACUUGGAAUAUGUGGAUUUUAGUGGAU